UGCUUUCAUUUACCAUGAAAAUUUAAAAAAUAAACACUGUUCUAGUAAUGAUUUAGAUUUAGAUCUACUACAUUCUAUCUAACCCAGCUGUUUGUUAAUUUUAUAAGAUCUAUUAUGCUUUUACCACUGGAUAUUUAUAAUAUAUUUAAAGAUAGAAAGUAAAUUUAUUGUUAGAUAAUGUCACUUUCUUUAUCAGUAGAAUUCAGUGGUGGUGCUGAAUUACUGUGUGGAAAUAUUAAAAAGCAUGAUAUUCAUUUGCCCAAGCAAGAUAGUAAAUGGCAAAUAAAAAAUCUGUUAUUGUGGCUCAAAGACAAUAUUAUUCAAGAAAGACCUGAACUGUUUAUGCAGGGAAACACAGUGAGGCCAGGGAUUCUUGUAUUAGUGAAUGAUGCAGACUGGGAGUUACUUGGUGAACUGGAAUAUGAAAUUCAAGAAAAUGACCAGAUAGUUUUCAUAUCAACCCUUCAUGGCGGAUAACUGCGAAAGACACCUAGGGAGUGUGGUUUGGAAAUUAUUUUUUAACACUAGCGCCAUAAUAAAUGUUUUUGGUCAUCAAU